CGCCGGGGGACGGAGGCCAGGGACCCGCCCCGCCCGUGCCCCAGGACGGCUGGCGCCGGGACGGGACAGGGCCCAUGGAACCCCUGUGUCCAGAUCCGUCUCCUGCCAGACCAGAGCAACUCUAAGCAGACGGGGGCCAAACGCAAGACCCAGAAGCGUGAGGAGCCUUACACCUUCGAGAUCCCCCUCCUCCAAGCUCAGAGGAGGACCCUGCUGCCAACCGUGGUGGAUUUUGAGAAGUUUUCCCGCCAUCGUGUCAUUGGGAAGGUGUCGGUGCCUCUGUGCGAGGUUGACCUGAUGAAAGGCGGGCAUUGGUGGAAGGCGCUGGUCCCCGGCUCUCAGAAUGAAGUGGAGCUGGGGGAGCUGCUUCUGUCACUGAAUUAUCUCCCCAGUGCUGGGACACUGAAUGUGGAUGUCAUUCGAGCCAAGCAGCUUCUUCAAAUCGAUGUGACCCAAGGUUCAGACCCCUUUGUGACAAUCCAGCUGGUACAUGGACUCAAGCUUGUGAAAACAAAGAAGACAUCCUUCUUAAGAGGAACACUCGAUCCCUUUUACAAUGAAUCCUUCAGCUUCAAAGUUCCCCAAGAAGAACUUGAAAAUGCCAGCUUAGUGUGUACAGUGUUUGGCCACAACAUGCCAAGCAGCAAUGACUUCAUCGGAAGAACUGUCAUCGGCCAGUACUCCUCGGGCCCCUCUGAAUCCAACCACUGGCAGCGGGUGCUCAACACUCACCGCACCGCCGUGGAGCAGUGGCACAGCCCGAGGUCCCCGGCUGAGUGUGACCGCGUGUCUCCCGCCUCGCUGGAGGUGACCCGAGGGCUGCAGGGAAAGCAGCUUUCAUUUGUUGGAGGGAAAAAAAAAAAAAGGAAGAAAAUUUAAGACAGAAAAAAUGUGUCACGUGCCUAUUAUAUCCACAACGCAAACACACAUACACAAAUCCUCUGAGAACUGAGAGGAGGCUGACUAUUGAACACAAAACGGUUGCCCUCAAUGAGCAAAGCCUGAGAACUUUCUGGAAACCCCAUCUGUAUGUCACGAGCGGAGUGGACUCUGCUGUGAGACUUACUGGCAGUGCUUGCUCCUGUUGAUACCCCUACCCCCAAAUGCACUUUCAACCCUCAGGCCAGAGAAAGGGCCUCCCCAAGGGUG